CGUCAUUAAUCACUACAAGCUUUCUAAUGAUGGAUAUUUUUAUUUACUCUGCCUCAUGUUACAUUAUAAUUCUGAAUCAUGUCCAUCUUAUUUAACACAAUCUGGUUUUGAUACAUUAAAGAGAGGUGCUUUAGACAGUAUUAGAAUUCAUACCAAUUAUAUUGUUGAUGUUUUGAAAGGUUUAAAUGAUGGGGAGUUAACGAAAGCUGUCUUAAUGGAUCACAUAGAUUGGUUUUCAGAAAGUGAGGCAGAGGAAGAGAUUAAGCAGCUAGCAAGAGCUGUUAAAAAAGGUGGCUAUGUGUUUUGGAGAUCAAGUGCUAGGCACCCAUGGUAUAAUAAGGUAUUUGAGAAGUAUGGGUUUGCCGUUGAUCCAAUUAGCGUUCGAGAACCUGGAUCAGGUGUACCUCUUGAUAGAGUUAACAUGUAUGCCAGUUUUUAUCGUGCGAUUAAGCUUUAG